UUCAAUUAAUAUAUAGUUUACACGAAAAUCUUGUGGAAGAAAUUCACUAAUGGCAUCUCAGAAAUAAAUGUGUUUGUUCAUUAUAGAAGUCAUGUCUUACAGAACAUUUAAUGAAUUGUGGAUAGAAGCUCAAUUUACACUUGAUGAAGCUACCAAAAACGACUCAAAUCUUCUUACAUCUAAAAUAAAUAAAGAUAAGGUUGUUGUAUUCAAAGAAUUGUCUUUAAUCAUGGUCAAUUAUAUAUCUGCCAUCAAUAAAUUAGAUGAGUGUUAUGAUCAAGUUAUUCAACCUCAAAAACGUAUACUUAUUAGAAACAUUCUUGAAUUAUGCUUAGGACGUUAUUUAGAAUUAAAAAAUGAUAUGGUCAAUUUAAACUUUAAUGAAUUCACUUAUUUGGAUUCAGCUAUAGCGCAACUGAGGUUGUUACCGCAAGAUGUAGAAUUGACUAUACCAUUACAUUAUCGAAAUGAACGGUCUAAAACAAUUGAAUGGCAGAGUAAUUUCAUUGAUCAUGUAUUAAAGAAAACUGGUUUUUACGAAGAAGAAAAAGUUGAAGUUGAUAUGCCAAAUCGACAAGCAAUAUUAUUAAUACAAAGACACGAAAGGGCACGACAAGGCCGAAUGAGAGCUCAAUUCAUGAAAGAAGUUAGAGCAAUGAACAAACCAGAUGCUGCAGACAUAGAAAUUAGUGAUAAUGCAAGAAAAGCAGCAAUGAAAAUCCAAAGGGUUUGGCGUGGUUUUAUAACAAGAAGAAAAAUAAGAAUUAGAGUAGUAGAAGAAAUGUUGUUAAUUGGUAUGUUACCUCCAAACACUAUUGAUAUUGAAGAACAACAAAAAGCUGAAGAAGUUAAAAGUACUAGAAGAAUUAUACAAGAAAAACGACAAAAGGAAUAUGAACUAGCAUUAAUACAAGAAAAAGAUAAAAUUAGAGACCAUGUGAAAGAAAAAAUGAAAGAAGAUAUUAGAGAUGAAGUUCGAUCAUGGUACAUGGGUGUUAAAUCACAAACAGGAAAAUUUCCUGAUUUACCAUCUGAGGAAAGUGGUGGAUCUGCUGUAAUUUAUACCAGGUAUAAGACAGCAAGUUCUCUGAGUAAAUCAACUAGCCAAUCAUCAUCUAAAGGAACCAAGAGUCAUAAAAGCAAAUCUAUUGCUGGAAAAGAAUCUAAAGAAGAAAUAAAAAAAAAAAAUGAUGAGGAAGAUGCAUGUUUUAAAAUGGAACCUUCAAAUUUUUUGCAAGAGCUCAUGUUAGCUUGUUCAGAAUAUGAAGAAGUAUGGAAAGGAAUGGAUGAAACUAAAAAUUCAAGCCAAAAACACAUUGAAAGUAUAGUUAAGACUCAAAAAAUUGCUGAAGUAGAAAGAGAACUUAGAAAGAUUGUUGAUGUACAAUUAAGAGUAGAACUGGAAACUUUACAAAAUGCACUGGACAAAGAUAAUGCAAUCCGAAUAAAAAGGUCAAAAAAACAAAAAAAAGUAAAGAGAAGUAGUAAAAAAGCAAAAAAGAAACGUGAUAAAGAUUUAACUCCAGACAGAACAUUGGAAUCGCUUUUCGAGGAACUGGUUAUGAACGGCAUCGUGCACAAGUAUCCGUCUGUGAGCCUGCGGUCGUUUAAGGGGGACACGUCGUACGCUGGCUGUGACGUGAUGCGAUGGGACAAGGACCCGAGCCCAACGCUAGGCGACGUCCGGCAAGCUGUUCGAGAUAGCUGCGUGCUGCCGAUGCUAAGUAACGAAAUACACCAGGCAAGCCCAGUCGUGCGCUCAGUGCUGAUUGCCGGUGUCCAUGGGUCCGGCAAGCACAUGCUGGUCAACGCCGUGUGCAGUGAGUUGGGCGCCACGCUGUUCGAUCUCACGUCCGCUAACAUCGUGGGCAAGUAUCCCGGUAAAUCGGGACUGACCAUGUUACUUCAUCUGGUCAACAAAGUUGCCAGAUUGCUGCAGCCGUCGGUGAUAUUUAUCGAAGACGCGGAAAAGACAUUUAUGAAAAAAGUACCGAAAACCGAUAAAACUGAUCCGAAAAGGUUGAAAAAAGACUUACCCAAGCUCGUCAAAGCUAUCGCUCCGACUGAUAGAAUAUUAUUGCUCGGAAUUUCAUGCUGUCCAUGGGAUUGCGAUCAAAAAUCAUUGACCAGCACGUAUGGAAAAAUAAUUGUUAUACCUCGUCCAGACUAUGCUAGCCUCUACCACAUAUGGAACGAUCUAUUAUUUCAGUACAGUGGUCUCAGCAGGAAAUUUGAUAUUAGUUCGUUGGCAAAAUUAUCCGAUGGUUAUAGCAUAGGAACUAUAAUCAAAGUCCUUCAGGAGGUAAUGACGUGCAAAAGAGUAUUACAGUUGACAAUUCGCCCUCUAAUGCACGUGGAAAUCCUGAAUGCACUUGCUCGUCAUGAUCCUGUUUAUAAAGAAGAAGAAGACGCGUUUAAUCAGUGGUAUUCAAGAACUCCUCUCGGUCGAAGGAAACAAAAAGCAUUGGACGCCGAAAUAGAAAGACGAAUGAUUGAAAAUGAAAAACAUUCGGGUACUAAAUAAUAUUUUUU